AGUGGCCCCACUAGCCCCGACAACAGACGAGAAUAGACGCAAGGCAUUGAUGAUGGAGCUUCAAGAAGGAUGGGGUCUAGCUGUCUUCUACAAAAGUUACAGUGAGCAUGACGGCCUUCAUCAGAGCUGGAGGGCAUGGACCCUUCACUUAUCUUACUCGGCGCGUGGCUUUGUCGCUUCUUGGGCAUGCCCUGGUGAACGAACUCGCCGAUGUUCUGAUCAAGUUCAUGGGUGGAUACAGGCCUGAUGGGGUCCUCGAACAGCCGGACGAAUACCUCAAGUCUAUAUGGGACUCAAUCCGCGGCUACUAUCCAUGGACGCUCGACCCCGAACUUCUAAUGUCCUAUGACUAUGUUGCGGUAAAGAGAGGCAUGGUCACGAACUCGGACCUUGAUGAAGACCGCUACAAAACCCGCGUCACAGGCGAUCAAGAUAUGCCUACGUUCUUGAGCUAUUGGUAUUAUCGACUCCAGUAUAUGAGCGCCAUAAAUCAAUAUACCAAAAUCAUGCCGGCGUCGCACAUGGUUGCGCGGGGAUACAUCGAGGCGCAGUACGAGACCGAUACGUUGAAGCAAGCAAUCGUUGAUGAACAGGCGGUGCGGAAACAACAAGAGUAUGCGGCUAUGCAGUCUAUUCUUGUUCCUGGUGGCAUUGGGGGAGACGAGUUCACGUAUGAUUCGGGAUUUUGAAGCGGUCGUCGACGGUAAUGUAAUGUGUGACUGGACGGGCUCGGAGACGGUGGAUGGGAAGAGCGUAGGAUCCAUGAGGACGACUAAGUGGCUUCCCAAUGAUAAAAGGAACGUUGAACCGGCGCCUUGAAGGCC